AUGGGACGUGUUAACAACACUUUAAAUAAAUUUGGUCGUCAGAGAGUAUCCGAUAAACAUCAGUUCUUACGUGGUGCCCAGGGAAACGGAUUCAAGUUAACUUCUGAUGGUCACUAUGAUAUUGAAGGAAAGCGUCUAUCAAAUGUUGCAAAACCGAUACUUGAUAAUGACGUUAGCACCCAAGAGUUUGUUCUUGACAACAUUCGGUUUGUUCAUGAACAAAUGAAAUCUCUAUUAGACGAAUUAGAAAAUCGUAUUAAUGCAAGAUUUAUGGGCACAGAUAAAAAAAUGGAUGACAUUGAAAACAAUAAUAUAAGCAAAGAUCUAGAGAAUGAUUAA